GAGCUGGGGACUGGCGGCGGCGGCCGUGGCCACUCCAAACCCGCCGCCGUCCCGCCCAGCAUGAGCAGCGUCGGCGGGCGCACGGGCGCCCGCGUGGCUGUGAAGAUGGAGGUGGCACCUUACUACGGCGAAGAAGGUUUGGAGCUGCUCCCGGACUUCGUGCAGCUGCCGGGCUUCGGUGGCGGGCCCGUACCCGGAGGACCGACGGGACUUGAACCGCCUGAGGAAAGCGGGGUGGUUCAACAACGCAAGUUGCUUCUCGUAGGGAAGCCGCCGCCGCCGCCGCCUCCUCCUCCUCGGGAUUUGGGGGCGGCCUCCUCGGGUAAUGCCACCUUGCCCCCGGCCGGGCCGUUCUUGCGCCCCCGCGGCGGCACCAGCAGCGCCGUGCACCGCCUCAUUCAGGAGACCACCGUCGGCGCCGGCCCUGAGGUGGGCCCAGCCGUUUUGCAGCCUUUGCUGAAGCUGCCGGCGGCCGCCGACUUGGAACAAUUGCUGAUCCAAGCGGGGAGCCCGGGCCUCGCCGGCCCCUCCAGCCCCACCGGCGGAGGGGCCUCGGUGGCGACGGCCGGCGGGGCGCCUUUCUUGUACCGCUCUCCGCAAUCCUCGGCUCCGCCGCAGGCGGUGACGCAGGAACAGGAGGGCUUCGCCGACGGCUUCGUGAAAGCUCUGGCCGAUUUGCACAAACAGAACCAGUUGCUCGGAGUGUCCCCGGCGCCUCUCUCGCCUACCCAGCACCCGGGAGGGCCCUGCUGCCCGACGUCCAGGCAGGAUCCCCCCGCCGUCUACACCACCUUAGGCAACUUCAACCCGGCCAGCCCAUCGGCCGGCGGCGCUUUUUUCAAUCCCCAGACUGUGGCUCGUUUGCCCGCGCCCGGCUCGACCGGCAGGGCUUUGGAAGAGCCGCAGACUGUGCCGGAAGCGCCUGUAAUAGUGUCAGCUCCGCCGCCGCCGCCGCCGCCGCUGCCUCUUUCGGGGCUUUCGUCCGGGGAGUCUCCUCCGCCGCCUUCCUCCUUAUCCCCGCUGGACGCAGAGAGCCAAGAGCGCCUGAAAGCCGAGCGCAAAAGACUGCGCAACCGGAUCGCGGCUUCCAAGUGCCGCCGGCGCAAGCUGGAGCGCAUCGCCCGCUUGGAGGAGAAAGUCAAAGCGCUCAAAGGCCAAAACGCCGAGUUGGCCGCCACCGCCAGUCUCCUCCGCGCCCAGGUCACCCAGCUGCAAGGUCGAGUCCGGAGCCACCUCUCCAGUGGCUGUCACAUCAACGCCAAUGCCGCCGCAGCAGCAGCCCCCGCGCAGACCUUGGCAGUGGGUGGUCAGCCCCCCGGCAGGGAGGCACCCACAGAGCCGGAGACCAGUGCUUGCUGAAAGCGUGUGAUCCCUCCCCGAACAAGGAGAGACCCAGCCUGUGCCCAACUUUGUCAUGCAUGCAUGGCAGAAAGGGGAUUAAACCUUGAUCAUCAUGGUCUUGGGAAGGGCCAUGGAAGCCCUGCCUUCCGUUUUCACAUCCUUUGGCUUCUGCAGAGUUCCUCAUUCAUCUGAAAAGCUGAAGUAGACAAGGAAAGGUUCCGCUUCUGCGAGACCAUGCAGGUAUCUUAACCAGUUUCUAAUAGAAGUCGGAAGAGCCAGAGAAGAACUUGGUGUAAUGGCAGAGAGAGAAAUAUGCCACAAAGAAUAUCCCAUGGAGCAGUGUAGGACUUCACAGUGUUAGCCUUUCUAGAAACAACUUCUUAAAAGUAACAACUGUCAUCCUUAACUAAAGAUUGGCAGUUUCAAGCAUCUCCAGCAACUAGGAGGUUUCCUGCCAGCCACCUAAGUAAUGAAAGUAAUACUGAAAUUGGUAAUAACCAGCUGGAAGUAAUGCUGUUGUGUUCUUUCCAAGAGCACCAAACAGAACCCUUCAGAGGGAAAGAGGAAAAUGUCAAGCUUCUCCAGUUGAAGCCCCUCUGACCACCUUCAGCCUGUGAAGAAGUCUGGGGCUGGGUUCUUUCUUGGUCUUCUGAAAGCUCCAGCUUAUUUUUCUAGCUUUCUUGCCCUGCUUAAAAUGAAGAACCAGAGCUUUGCUGACUAGAUGUAAAAAUAUGUCUUGUUGCUGGAAAUCCAAAAGUCUCUUCAAAGAUCAUGCCUGUGGACAAAAGUUAUCUUUGUGGAAGACUUUUAUAUGUUCUAAAGAUUCUUAAAUUUUAUUUUUAUUCUGUGGUUGAAGGUCACUGAGUGUAACAUGUAUUAGCAUUUCUGCAAAAAGAAAGAAAAAAGUUACCAGGGAUGGUUAAAGACACUCCAGUAUGUUUUGCUGAAGGUGUAUUUACAGCUUUCUAAUGAACAGUGUGGAUUUUCUAAGAUGGGAUAUUAAGGGAAUAGUAAUAUGUUUGUAUACCAUGGAUAUUGCUAGUUAUUUCAGUAGAUAAAUCAUAUUUUUAAGAAAGAGCAGCUCUAGAAUUUGGCAGUGGAUAGAGUUGUGAAAUGUUUUUCAACAUUUAGAAGAUUUGUGCAAAGUUAAGUGAAUUUUGUGUACAGACUUAUUUGUUAUUUUCUUGCUGUAGAGGUUCUCUAGAUUUGCUAAACGCUUGAGAGACACUAAAUUUAUAUGUUUAGGAAGUACUGUGGAGUAUGUGGCUGGACAAUUUUUCUUGAUGAACAGAAGAAAGCAGUCACAUAAUUUGUCGCUAUGAAAAUGUUGACAUUCAAGCUAAUUUCACAUUUUUGAUCCUGGAGAUUUAGCCUACUAUGCCACAUAAAAUAUUUAUUUAAAAAGCAGAUUUUAAGAAAAUGUUUUUCACCCUUAGAUCUAUGAGCUCUAUAUUAUUUCUUGUGCCAGCACAAAGUUGGGGUAUGGGUGCACUUAUUUAUUAAAACCAUAGGAUAUCUGUUUAUUUUUAUAACAUGCAAGGGGAUAAAAGAAAUCGUUUUGAAGAAAAAUAUCAAAUGUUUUCUUUUUUACAGUAAACAUUCCAGCUGUACUUGUUCUCGGUAUGAUCACAACUAUAGAGCUAUACAGAGAAAAAAAUUGGAUUUUUUAAAAAAAAGAUAAAUCAGUUAAUUCAACUAUGUUUUGAAUAAUUCAUGGAAAAAAAUUAAUAGAAAUGUAGAUAGUCAUAUAUUUUUAGAAGAACUAUGUAUAAGCUAUUUUACUUUAUCCAAAAUGUAAAAAAUGUUGUUCUCAGGAUGGGAGGUGGAAAGUAAAUUUAUAAGCUGAGUUUGAAAGGUUUAUUGAGUUUUAUUUUAAAAUGGGAUCAGAAAUAAGCAUUGUUUCUUGCUUGUUUUUUUAAGGGUUUUGAUGGUUUUAUUAGUAUUUUGUCAAUUUUAUUAGUAACUCUGCCAAACUGUUUAUCAUAGAUGACAGCCCUAUCUACCAAAAUAUUUCAUUGUAUAAGUUCAGAGAAUAGUUUUUACCCUUCUCCAAAUGCAGUUUUUUUAUGUCCUGUGAUUUUAUUUUCUGUUUCAGCUAUAACUUUCCAUGCAGUAAAAACCCUUGCCUAGAUAUUUACCUGGAAAUAGUGUCAAAAAGAUAGUAGGGCACAGUUGAUUUUUCUUUCAUGCAGCAGUAUUGACAUAACCUGCUUGAUUGACAGGUUGAUAUUUAUCCUAGGCUUAGAUGGAUACCUAUGAGGGAGUCAGAUUUUCAGAAAAAAAUAGCAAUUAAGAGCUUUUGACUUGGAAUCCUAUCACUGCAAGUGUGAAAUAAUCUAUCUUGGCAUUUUAGGAGUAGAGUGAAAACUAGUGAUGGAAACCUACAUUACUUUGAUUAAACCAUCUUGUACUGAUUGACAAAGAUACUUUAAUAAUAUAUUCUUUAACUUUUCCCCGUGUGAUCAUUUUUUUCUUGUUUGGAAUGCAAAUCUAUACUAGUAUUUUCACAGUCAUCAGUAUGAAUAAUUUUCUUUCCAAUUUUGUUAACAGUUCAAAAUCAGAUCUUUUCAAAUGUUCUCUAGAAGUUGUAAUACUGAAAUAGAAGAAUUUCUCAGGUAAAUUCUGUACUGAAAUAUUGCAUUUUGGAAAAGGAGCUUAGAGAAAUCAUUAUUCCUACUUCAAAAACAGCAUCCUAUUUCUUAAUUUCUUCAAAAAAAGACGGAUCAUAACUGAAGCUGCUUUGAUCUUGGCACUCAGAUCAUUUAUUGUCUUGUUAAUGUUGUAUGUAUGUUGUAACAGUUUUUGCCAAAAACAUGGUGUGCUUGAAAUAUUUGCAGUAUUCUAAAUUGUUUGCCUUUUUCUAGCCUAUUUGGCAAAUAUUGCCAAUGUAUGCAGUUUUUGAAGCUUUUUUCUGUGAGAAUUUCUCUGAAUACAAUGUAUUUUGGACACAAUUUCCGGAUGUCAUAUUUUUAAUAUUGUAUUUUUUUUUCAUGUACUAACCAAUCUACCAGUGUCUUUGAAAUCCUGUUUACAUGCUGCAUCAUUUGUUGGUUGACUAUCCAUUAUUGCUGAUGAACUGGGAACAUACUUAUUCCCAAGGGAAGAAAUUUCAUCCUUAUGCAAAUGUCACCCUUAUGUUUGCCUCAUCUGUUCUGAUUAAUGUGGUUGUUGUUGUUGUUGUUGUUUUGCAUGUGCCUCUGAACUACUAUUAGAGAUUUGUUUUUAUACACUUUGUCUCUUGCACUUUAAGUAAUUAUAAAAGCAACCCAUUUCCCCAAAUUCUAGAUUAAAUAGUACUCACCUGUCUUAAGAAUUCAUUAGACAAAUAUCCCAUUCUAAUAUUGUUGAUGGUUCAGAUGAUAUCCAUUGUUGAAACUGACGUAAAAUCUCAUUACAAGGAAAAAAAAUGCCUUCGGGGAUUUGAAAUCUUAUCCUUGAGUUUUAACAAGAAGAGUUGUUUGGCAGCUGGUUUUCUUUGUGCACUUCCCCAGUUCAUGUGAACACUCAGGUGAUUGUGUGGCUAAAAAGGCUGACUAAUUUUGUUGCUAACUUGGUGAGGGAUGAUGUAUCACGACUCUUUUCCAACGGUUCUUUUUUAACUUACCAAUGGAAUCAUUUUGGGUUCUAUUUUGGAAUGCUUGUCAUUGAUAGAAAUGUACAUUCGGGUGUGGACUUACACUGAAAACACCACUCAUUAUUAUAGGUUUUGUAGGGAUUGAUGUAAAACACUGCAUGUUUUCACAGCAGGAUUUUUAUUCAUUGUAAGAAAAUCGUUGUUGGCUUUAUGAGAACUCCACUGUUAGCCUGAAAAUUUUGACUGAAUGAUUUUUUUUUCCCAUUAGAAAUGUUAGUGGGCCAUUGGCUUUAAUUAUGAAAGUGUAUUUUUUCCUGGAGGUUGUAGAACGUUUAUUAGUAUUAAAUGUAUUAGGAUUAAAAGACAUUAGGGCAAGUGUCAAGCAAAUUCAUAUAUGUUUAAACCCCAUGAUUUUAGUCAAAGGAUCUUUUUAAAUUUGCCAUGGAAAUCACUGCAAUAUAAAAGUGCUUAAAAUUUGCUGGAGCAUUGCUUAGCUUUUUAUAUUGCUGCCAGAAAGUAUUUUAAUAAUAUGUAUCUGGAACAGAAGGAUGUAAAAAAAUCAAACAUAGUCCUGGUGCAUAUUACUGUAAUUUCUUGUUUUCUGUUGCAAAGCUGAAUCUGUUUGAGUAUGACAAUAUUUCUAUUGCUCAAUAAACUUCAAAGUGAUUUUCUGCUGUGUUAAUUGUUGUCAGUAUUUCCCCACUGUUGAGCAGUUGUACUGUAAAUAAACACCUGCUCCUUUGAUCAGAGGUAUUUAACUUGAUAACUAGCUGUAAUUUUUGCAGUCAGACAUUCAGAUGCAAUCAUAUAAUUUUUGUCUCUUGCAUUUUUAAGUGUAUUGUUUUUUUAAAAAAAUAGUAUAAUUUUAGGUUUAAGACUGUUUCUAUGCAUGAUCAGUUCUAAAAAUGCUUAUUUAGUAAUUCUGUGGAGGGCAGAAUUAGUUUUGUAGAUAUGAAAGAUUUGGGGCAAGGGAAGUUUAUAUAAUAGUUAAUCAACCUGUCUUAUGCAUGAUGUCUUCAGGCAAUUUGUUCAGAUGAGCUUGAGUUAUAUUUUCCUUUUUGGAAGCAAUACUCAAGUUGUCUAAGAAUCUGCUAGGUGGGGUGUGAGUAAUCCCUCUUAGAUAAUGCAUAGUUUUAACCUUUUGUGUAGUUUGAAACAUUAACUGGAAACUUACAUGAUAGAUGCCUGUUAUAUUAGAUAAUGCAGUUAUUAUAUGGACAAUAUUUAAAAUGUCUCCAUCAGGAGUAUGUCUACUGAGAUUGGAGUAGUAGAAAUUUGUAGUACCCUCGUAACCUUUUUUAUUGAUGCUAAUUCAGUAUGGCUUCCAGAGGGUUCCUGAUUUAAUAAUGAAUUCCUGGAUUAUCUCAUGAUACCUUUACUGCUUUGAAACAAAUCAAAGCCAAUGGUUUAAAAUAAAAAGCAGAUACCUAUGUUUCUCUAAGAAAAGCAUAAAUCUGAUAUUUUAAACCUUUUUCUUCCAAACAUAGCAUUUCCAUAUAACAUUCAGGAAGAUGGUAUGCAUAGGAUUACACCUUUUAAAGGUCUCCAGCUCCAUGAUUCCCAUUUUUGACUUACUAGUCUUCACUGAUUGAUUAGUACACAUUAUUAUGUCACAGAGUCCCAUACAGGAAAGAAUUCUGAAACUCCUUGGGUGAAGUAAUAUGUCAUUAAAAAAACCCAUAGUUGACCAGUCUCAAGAAGAGACCUACUUAUUAACCUAUAACGCGCAUGUCUCUUUCUGAAAUUUGAUACAAAUGAGCUGUUUUUCUUGCUUAGGAGCAAGAAAAGUCAUGUUUUUAGAAGAAUAAGGUAAUCCAACCAUCUGAGAAGUGAAAAAGUAUGUGCAUAUAUGUGUUUAAGAAUACACAUCAUGAGUUGAAUUUGGAGUUAAUUAUACUUCAUGCUCAGACCUAUGAAGUCAGUGGGAUUUUAGGUAGUUUAGUAGUAAGUGCGGUUAAAUAUUUAUCCAGCAUAGACAUUAACAUUUAAUCUCGCAAAGCUACCUUUUUAUAUUAGAGACAUAUAUAAUUGAUUUAUUUUUAUAAUGAAGACAUACCUUGAAUUGGGACUGACUUCCAAUUCAGUCUCAAUUCAGACUUAGCUAUGAUCAAAGUAAUUCCCCGAGGUAGAAAGAGUUUUGACAAGAUUGGGAUUGUCUUUUUGGGGUUCUGCUUAAAAAUAACUUAAUAGUUUUGACUUUUGGAUGGUUUUCUAGAAGCAGAAUUUUCUGUAAUCUAGUUUUGAAUAUCUAGAAUUAGAUUAAUGGAGGUAGAUUGAACUCAAAGCUGGUUCACACAAGUAGAAUGUAAUGGGGUCAAAGAAGAAAAAAACAGGAUGUGUGUCUAUAUGAAAUUAAACCCAUCACCAAUCACCUUAAGCAAUUUUGUAGUUGCUUAAAAUUUGGAGUGGGGUUUUGAUUUCAUUCUGAAAAUAAAUACCAGCAUCCCAAUACCAGCAUCCCAAACAAGCAUCCCUUGUUUUCUUAUUGAAUUCUACCCCUCUCAGAUACGACAGUACUGCCUAUGGCCUCACAGUCUAUCUGAAGCCACCAUAAUUACAAAUAUAUUCAAAUGAAGUAUUUGAAAUAGUACCAAAUAAUGCCAUUUUAAAUGAUAAGAAAUCAUAGGAAAGGAGCAUUCCUGUGCCUUUAAAACAAGCAUGCAAGUUAAGCCUUUCAUAUCUUGCUAGUGUACCACUUAGUUUCAGAGCUAAGAAUGAUACAGGGUUUGUUGUUGUACAGUUUUUGAAAUAUUAUCUGAAGGCAGAAAGUUGUGCCAUGAUCGUACUGCAGACAACAGACCAAAAACACUAACUGCAGGAUAUGAUCAUAUGGUGAAGGAGGUAAAUGGACUUGUCUGAUUCUGUUGUCUCUUAAUUGCUUAGCAGUUAACAUUUGUGAUAUGGUGGCAGCUAAGCAUUGUAAAAAAAAAAACCAUGGCCUUAUUAAAGAAAUGGUUAAGGGAGAUGGUCCUUUCAGAGACAGUUGCAAGACUGAGAAUCAAAAUAAAUGGAUCCCCUUAGCAAGAGGAUAUAAAGCUUGAAGGGAAAUUGAUCUCUCCAGACUUCUGUAUUGGAACCACUGGUUCUUAAUUUCAUAAAUGAUCUGAAGUUAGAGAUGACAGUGAAUGCUGAGGAUACCAAAAUCUUUAGUGUUUUGCUCAAACAAACAGUACAAAAAAAAAACAAAAACCCCGAACAGCAAAGCAUUCCAAAAAGCUUUUUCCAAAUGGGCACUGAAAUAGCACAUUCCAUUAAAUGUAGGCAACUUUACAGCAAUGCACACGUACACGCACGCACACACACACACAUACAUUCCAACUGCACAUACAUUUGAGCUGAUGACUAAUAAGGAAAGAUAUCUUAGGGUUGUGAUAGCUCACUGAAAAUCUUGGCAGUUUGCAGUUUUCAUCAAAAGAGCCAAUUCUGUGUUGGUGGUGGAAAUAAGAAAAUCAUAUAUAAAACUGCCAGUGUCAUAAUGCCUUUUACAAAUUUUAUGGUGUAACCACUGGGCACAGUUCUGGAUAAUACACUGGAAAUAAUUUUUGGCUCCUUCUCUGAAAUAAUUUACCACUAUUUCAGAAUUAGCUAUUUUUUUAAAUAACUUUUUUUCUUUAAUCUGGCAUUCUUCUGUUCUUGCUCCGCUUUUGUUUCCUACAGUAGCCUGACAGAUGAAUUAAAGAGAUAUAUUGAAUAUAUAUUCUACAGGUGUAUUUUGUACUGUCAGAAGCGUGUUGGCUUUAUUUGACAAAUAUCAUACUGUAUUGCUUAUUAUAUAUGUAUAUUGUACUUCUAGAUGGCAUUCGGAUGUGUCAAGUUUUUGAGAUGUAGAGAGGGAAGAUGCAUUUAUGAAGGCUGAUGUUCUGGGAACAUGUUCAGAACCAAACUAGAAAGCGGUUCCAGUUACUGCUUUGCAACGAGAGUCUUCAGAUCUAAGGCUCAAGGACUGGUAUAUGGCCAAUAGUUGCAAACAAAAUCUCCGGUUUAGUAGAAGAAACGGGUGGGAGUUGCAGAACAGUACUUAAUACAGAAUACAGUAUACAGUACUUGUCUGUAGAGAAGUACGCUUUAUUUAAUUCAUAGUGACUUUCUUCAAGUAAGUGCACUGGAUUGUGAACUCACAUGUUAAUAGUGAAGUCCUCAUUCACAAUUUCCAGCUUUGGUUUGCUUUUAUGGAAUUGAAACAUUUGCAUGGAAUGAAACAUAAAAUACAGGACAGUAAAAAUGCAUUCAGGUCAUGUAUUUUUUUUCAUAACGUUCAUAAUGUGUAGAACUAAAAGGUGUUUAAUUAUUAUUGACACAUCUUUUUAAAGUAACACAUAAUUCUACUUGAUUAAGUGUGUAUCUUGCUUUAGUGUAGUGAGUGAUUGAGGAAAUAAAAGUGCUACACCUUUUCAUUGACUGGUGAUUUAAAUCCAUGUUUACAAGAAUACUCCAAAUUUAUACUGCCAAGGAGCAGUUAGCUUUUGUUUCCUUAUGAACUGAGUUUGUGGAUGUUUUUAUUCAGUGCAGCAGUUGGAAAUCUUGCAAUGCUAAUUUCAAACCUGCUGUUGUUGCAAAUAGUGGAUCUUUUGUCUGUGACUCCACGGGAACAGGAUUAGAUCUUCAAAUCUUUGUGUUAAGCAUUUACGACUAAAAGGCGACUUGCCUUGUAUGUCUAACCAAUAGGGCAUCUCUGCCUGUAGGGACUAAUGUGGACAUUCUCUGGUUUUUAUCACUUUCUAACCAGAAUAAUUAAUGGAGACUGAAAUGAAAAAGUGGGAGAUAAUGAGCGUUCUGGAAUGUAUAACAUUCUUGUGCUGACAUUGUUUACAUAAAAAAAAGAUUACAUUUAUGAGUUUGUAAUCUCUAAUGUGCAAUUUUGUAUAUGUUGUGUUAAAACUAUGUUUAUAAGAUACUGUAUGUAAAAAAUACUUGACGGAGUAUUUGAUAUAAACAUCAGAACAUUAAAAUGUCUUUAUAUUCAUA